AAUGACUUUCUACCUUUCAUGGGGACUUGCGACACAGGAUAUAAUCCAAAUGCUCUAGUAGGAAAAUCUGUGUUGCCUACGCGCCGGUCAAAUACGCUCUAACGGUUGCCGGACAACACCUACGGAAACAAGAUAGGCCUCUUUUUUGCUCAAAUACCCCCUGUAAUGUCAACGUCCUUAUACCCAUUAUGCCUCCUAAUAGAUGGCUUUGCACUAAACGCUAAGUCGGAGCAUGAUAGCAUUAACAACUGUGCCUUCACUUUGUGCUCUUGUCAGUAGAUGGCUAAGAAAUGCUUCCGCUCAUUGACAAGCAGCAACGUGAAAAGGCUUUUUCCAGCCGGUAGAUAUGCGCCGCAGGCGACUUUCCUCUUCUGGGUUAUCCUCGUAGCCCAAGCAGUUUCGCUCUUGGGGAACUCUGAAGCCGUAAUCCAAGAGGAAUCGUGCGCAACUGCAGUUCUUGAAAGCUUGUUUGGCGGCUCGGCGCAGCAACAGGUUCUCUGCGUCAACGCGACCCUUUCGCCGGACGCUGUCACAUCCGUCCUUAGCUCAGACCCACGAUGCCUCAGCGACUUCCAGUCCAAGCCGCCCGGACUCCCUCCUCCCGCCCCAGCCCCGCCGGCCUCCACCGCCCUCAUCUCCCUAGACACAUUCCAGCUGCCCGGCUGGUCCAACGGCCUCAUCGCGGAGUGGUUUCGGAACCUCCGCGCAGCCCAGGACACCGCCCUCACCACCUCCCUAGCUCGCUACAACUUUAGUCUCCUCACGCUGCCCUCGCCGCAAGCCCUGCGCGGCGACGCCAGCGUCGUACGGCAAUACACCAGUUCCCUCGAGGGCGGCGCCGGCGCCGGCGGCUACGCCCUCAUUACCUCCGAUGGGUCGGCGGAGGCCCCCCGGACGCUGCGCGACGUGACGGAGGAUUUCGAGCACCUGCCGGAGACCUCCUGCGUGCUGUCGGAUGACCCCACUGGGCCGCUGCACCCGCGCACGCACCUCCUCAUGUGGUACCGAGCGGAUGCGCUGGCGGCGCUGGCGGCUGAUGGUGUCGUCGCCUCCGCAGCGCCGCCGGACGACUGGGAGGGGCUGGCGGCGCUGCUGGCGGCGCAUGCAGCGGCGGUGGCGGCGACGGCGGCUGGCGGUAGCGGCCGGAAUAGCAGUACGGAACCAGCGGCGACGCUGCCGAAGUACGGACUGUGUGUUACCGGCAACCCGCAUUGUGGGCGGGUAGGGGACUUGUUAGCGGCGGUAGCGGCGAGUGUCGUACAAACCGGCGGCGCGUCGCAGGGUUACGUGUACGACAUGUCAGUGGCGCCGCCGGCGGCGCUGCCGUUGGUCAACGGUAGCGGUUGGCGUUACGCCGCCAGCGUGCUGCGGUCGUUGCUUUGGUACAACGCGCCUGCCGACGCGACGCCGGAGAUGGCGGCUGCGGCGGCGCGAGGUGCGCCCGCUGACUGCUACGCCGUCAGCCCUGUGUUCAGGAGCGGGGAUUGCUUGUUAACGUUCGAAUGGGACGCAGCACUGAUGACAAUGGUGGCGGCGACGGCGCUGCAAGGUCCAGGGGUGCUGGCGGCGGCGCCGCUGCCUGGGAGCAGCCGAGUGGCGGCGGCGGCGGCGGCGAACAGUACGACAGGAGGCACUAGCGGCGGCAGCACUGACGGCGGCAAGGGGAACCUGGUGCCAUGCACAUUGGAUCUUUGCUCGUACAGCGCCAAUCAUGACCUGUUGUACGGCUUGUACGGCAGUUACUUUGACGAUUACCUUCUCGUUGGUGUUAACACCAGCAGUAGCACUGGUAGCAGCGGCAGCAAUGGUAGCAGCGUCUACGUGGAGUCCAUCUCGGUAGGCUGGCGGUCCGGGUACGACCCGUCAGCCAACGUGCUAGCAGCGAUCGCUAGCGUGGAGUCCGCGGAGGUCGCUCGGCUGCAGGCGUUACGACCCAUGGGUCAGUCGGCCCCGCCGCCGCCGUCGCUGUCGGCAUCCGGGAACUCCUCACUCAUCACUGGUCGGCCAAUCGUCAACCGCGCCCCCUACUCCGCCUUCUUCGAUAUCGUAACGGACAUCAACUACGGCGGCAUCAUGCAGGCCUCGGGGGAUGUUGCCGUACUGUCUACGGCAAGUGACGCGGGCCGGUUGCGAAUGCUGGCGCAUCGGUUGGUGCGGCAGUUAGCAACGGACAAGCUGCGGGGCGGGUUGGGGCCGGGGCGGGGCCGGCGGAGCAGGGUGGCUACGGCUGCGGACUGCGACAGCUACGUCCGCGGCCCCUGGUGGAUCCUGGCGCCGCUGCUGACAGCAGGAGGCACGAACAGCACCAGCGGCAGCAGCAGCAACCGCACCCUGCAAACGCAGCUAGCGGCGGCCGCAGCAGCCGCGGAGGAGGUGCUAACCGCCCGCGGUGUGCCGUACACCCUAGCCCGGUCGUACCUUCACGCCGUACUGCACGCCACCCACGCGCCCAAUGCGGCCCCCGACGUGCCCUCCCCGGGUAACCCCAACUGGUUUCGCUGGGUGCUCGGCCACGCAGCGGCGCAACUGGCGUCGUUUCCAAAGGUGACGACGACGGAGAUGACAGCCGCCGCUCCUCCGCCCCCCGCCUCUCAUGCAACUGCUCAUCACCGGCGUGUCCUGGGCAGUAACGAAGGCGAUACGGCCGCCGCCGCCUCCGUGGCCGCUGUGGGUGACGUCAGCGGGUUGUUGCUGCAGUACUUCACCCUCGCCGCUGCCGUACUCAACGCCUCUGCCGUACGAUCCAACUACGAAGCUGCCAUCAGCGCCCCCGCGUGGCAGGACCCCUCCUCGCAGCAGCAAGGCUCGUCCGGCUACGACCACAGCCUGGGUGCGGGCCCCAUCGCGGGCAUUGUGGUCGGCUGCUCCCUGGUGCUGCUGUCCGCGGCGCUCGCAUGGGCCCUGGUGCGGGCCACUCGGCGGGGCCGGGCGGGAGGUGGGGGCGGAGGGGGCGGUGGCAGGCCUGCUACCCGGCACCGCGACCUGCUGGGACGGGUGCGGGCGCCGCGAGUGGGGCCGGACACCACCCUCAUCAUCACGGAUGUGCAGAACAGCACGGUGCUGUGGGAGGCGCUCUCCGUGGCCACUAUGGACGCGGCGCUGCAGCUGCACCACGCAGCCAUCCGGCGCAUGCUGGAGCUGCACGACGGAUACGAAAGCGCAACGGAGGGCGACUCCUUCAUCGUGGCUUUCGCCUGCCCCGCCUCCGCCGCCGCCUUCGCCACCGCCUGCCAGCUGGAGCUGCUGCACCAGGACUGGCCGGAGGAGCUGCUGGCGCACCCGGACGGAGCCGUGGUGCUGGUGGACCCGCGGGAGGGAUCGACGGCGGCAGCGGCGGCGUCGCCGUCGGGGGCGGCGGAGCCGUCGUUGCCGCCGGGCGGAAGCCCGUUCACGUCGUCCGCUGCCGCGGCCGCCGCCGCCUCCGGCGGCCGCGACGGUGCUGCCGCGCCGUCACGCUUCAUCAUUCCCUUCCUUCGAGUGUCGACGGCGGGACGGAGGUUGCUGAACGGUUCGUCGGGCAAGCGUCGGUCGUCAGGCGCGGAAGCGCAAUCGUCGAGGCCGCCACUCACCGGCGAUCUGGCGACUGUUCCGGCGUUCGCGGCGGCGAGUGCGUCGGUGUCGUCGGCGGCGACUGGGCUGCAUCUGCCGCUGAUGCAGCUGAACCCCUCGUUCGAUAUCGCCGCCGGCGGUUCCAUCCCCGUGCACCAGCUCCGACUGCACAACCCCCCGCAUGUGUACGGCGCCAGCCCUCCCGACGCUCCCUCGCCGCUGUUGCUGCUGCCGCCGCCGCCGCUGCACCAACAACAGCAACAGCAUCACGACGAGUCAGCGGCGCAGAUCCCGACGGCGCCGUCGCGGUUAGGUCCUUCAGGUCGCACCUCCGCCGGCGCGGCUCCUUCGGCUGGCGGCGCCGCUGCCGCCGCCGCCGCCAGCGGCGGCGGCGGUCUUCACCCCGCCGGCUGCGGCAGCGGCAGCCUAUCCGCGCUUUCGUUCGGCGCCAACCGCGACAGCGUCGGCGUCACGAGCGACAGUCGGGCGCUGAUGCCCGGCAGCAUGCAAAGUGUUCCCGGUCGCGGUCAGCUACUGGUGGUGGCAGCGACCCAGAUGGCCUGGCGGGAGCAGCUGGCGGCGCUGUAUCCGACGACGGCAGCGCCGGCGGCGCCGUCGGAGGUGGUGCUGCCGCCGGCGGUGCGGGGCAAGCCCAACGCCCGGCUGACCGACGGGCGGAUCGUGGCUUUCCGCGGGCUCCGAGUUCGCAUGGGGCUGCACUCGGGUCUGGAGAACCCGCGCCACGUGGUCUUCAACAAAGUGGCCGCAUCCUACCAGUACAGCGGUGACUUUGCCGAGGCCGCCCGUCUGGUCAGUGAGACCGUCCCCGGCGGGCUGGUGGUCAUGUCCGCCGCCUCCUUCGCCCGCCUCCGCAACAGCGUGGAGCUGGGGCAGGCGGGCUGCAAGGCGGUGCGGGACGUGCUGGUGGCCUACGCAGGGCACCAUGUGCUCAAGGAGGAUGGGAGCGGCGGCGCCACGGCGGCGGCGGCGGCGGCGGCGCCGCUGUCGGUCGCCAUCUCGCCGCCGAGUGUGCCGGGGUCGUUGGCGGGGUCAAUGCGGCGCGGGAUUGCGGCGCUGCUGCCGCCGGCGCCGAGGUUGAGCUUCGGCGGGGG